AUGUCAAAGAUUUCUUUACUUGUAACCAUAACCUUCUUGGUCGGAAGCUUAUUUGCCAUAACUUCUCUUGGGCUGAGGGUCCAUUUUUAUUUGUUUACAGUCACUUCCACCCGGACAGGGUGUUUCUCCUGUUCUGCAAAUGAUGCAUUCUCUGGAGAUCUGAUCAACUUUGAAGCAGCUAUUCAAUCCACCUGGGAUAUUCAUACUCCGAUCAAGCACAUAUUCACCAACAACAGCUUCAUUCCACAUGCUUUAUCUGACAUGAAUCCUUCGAUUUCCUGGCGUUUCUCCGGCAAUAUAUCUAACAUCCGCUUCAUAUCGAACAUGCUGGGAAACCCUGCACUUCAUAUCACUCCUUCCCAUUGGAUGAAUCCUCGCCUCUGCCUUUCCAAUAUCAAUCCCAAUUGUCAUGUUCUUAAUCUAUUUCUAUCAGGCCGUUCAGAUUUGUUUUCUUCAGUCUUGUUAUCAGCUUCAGCUUUGUAUUCUUCAGCCUUUAAUAUAUCAGCCUUUCGAGAAGACAGUGGGAUGAACAAGGUCAUUAAUCUCAGCAAGCAAAAUGGGUGCUUCUUCUUGUCAAACAGUGAUUUAGGUGCACAAGUGCCAGAUGUUCAUAAGACAAUGUCCAAGCUUUCAGGCUUUGAUCAGAUGACAGAUAAUGGCCUGAAUAUGGGAGGUGUAUAUUUUAUCUAA